UACUUUGAUAUCCGAUCAUAGAGAGAAAAUGGCAGAAACCGCCCCAGCCCCAGCCGCUACCGCUCCGGCAAAAUCGCCCAAGAAGAAGUCCGCUGUUAAAGCCAAGAAAGCGGGUCCAGGCGUCGGCGAGCUGAUCGUCAAGACUGUGUCCGCAUCCAAAGAGAGGAGCGGGGUGUCCCUCGCCGCCCUGAAGAAAGCGCUCGCCGCCGGUGGAUACGAUGUGGAGAAGAACAACUCCCGCGUCAAGACCGCCAUCAAGAGCCUGGUGACUAAAGGCACCCUGGUGCAGGUCAAAGGGACCGGCGCCUCGGGCUCCUUCAAGCUCAACAAGCAGCAAGCUGAGACCAAGAAGAAGCCCGCCAAAAAAGCGGCUCCUAAAGCCAAGAAACCCGCAGCCGCGAAGAAGCCCAAAACUGCAGCAGCAAAGAAGCCCGCCGCUAAGAAAUCUCCGAAGAAGGUGAAGAAGCCCGCCGCUAAGAAAGCAACGAAGAGCCCCAAGAAGGCAAAGAAACCAGCGACUCCUAAGAAAGCAGCCAAGAGCCCGAAAAAGGCAAAGGCAGCCAAACCCAAAACGGCGAAACCUAAAGCAGCCAAGCCUAAAGCAGCCAAGCCUAAGAAGGCAGCUCCAAAAAAGAAAUAACUUUACUGUUAAUUCCUCAACGGCUCUUUUAAGAGCCAACCACUAACUCUGAGUAAAGAGCAAAACUCGUGAAUUUGAAUGAUUUGAUAAUUCUGGAAUCAAAUAGCCAAUGUGACGUAAGACCACUCAGACUAAUGCAAUCAAAUAAGUCAUCCAAGUUUAGGUUAAAGGUAAAACAUUUUUAUUCAUACGAAAUUGA